AUUUAUCAGAUCCAAAAGAAUUUCCAAAUUAUUGGGAAGUAAAAGAUAAUGUUCGAAUACUCACAUCGUCUCUGUCUCCAAAUCAGACAGAAAUCGAACAUAUUGAAUCACUCAUUGACGAAAAUAAUCAUCAAGUGCCAAUUAAUGAAAAUGAAAAAAGGCGAAAACGUUUUGAAUGGCGAAAAAAGUUUCAACGAAGUAAAAGUAUAUGUGUUAAUCACAUUCAAUUGUGGCUAAAAAGACGAAAAUCAGCUAGCGAAAAACCGGAUGAUGAACUGUCUGUCACAGAAAGAAAUUAUCAGACUCUAUCGCCAAAAAUUGAACGACGAAAAGCAUCAGCUGAAACUGAACUCAAAUCACCGAAAUUGAGUUCACUCUCGCCGAAAGAACGAUUCAACCGUUUGCAUAAACUCAUCUUUAAACAACGACAUCGUUCCCCACCGCCCGCCGUCACCACACCUUCCUUCUCUUCGUCGACCGAAUCAAAUGAAAUGACCAACGAUCUCUCCCCGGUACUCACCAACAGACAUGCAAAAAACUCAUUGACAACAAGCGCACAAGUUCUUGUUGUAGAUGCAAAAGAUAACUGCGUUAAAUUGUAUGUGCCAACAGGAAAAUCAGAUACAUUUGAAAAUCAUCGAAAAACAUUAAAAAACGACGAACGAAAAAUAUCCGAAGCGUAUGACAAUACAAACGAUAUUGAACAAACAAUACGGACGGAAAAUAUUCCAUCGACGACGAGAAAUGUAACGCGAAUUGCUGGUGUUAAAGUAAUUGAACAUAAAAAAAGUGAUCACCCUACUCUUUUACAGCAGCAGCAAGUACAAAAGCCGACUGUUUACGUUACAUCAAGUCGUUCAAAAUUAACAAACAAUAAUAACGUAAUUAAUGACGAUCUAUCAUUAUCGUCAGCAUCAAAGACACCAUCGUCGGCAGAACAACGACGUGCGAGUUUUCAUGCCAGUUACUUCGCAAUAAAAAAAAUUUGA